CCCGCCCCCCGCGCGCUCGCACUCGCACCGGGUGCUGAGGCGGGCGGCCCGGGCCCCUCUGGCCCCCGAUGGACGCCCCGGGCGUGGGGCGCUGAGACCCCGCGUUGCCGCCCGGCCGGGCCCGCGCGCCAAGCUGAGGAAUCUCCCGACAGGACAAGACUCCAAAGCGACUCCCCAGCCCCUAGCCCAGGACCCCCCAAACCCAGCCUGCCCCAGCUCCCCACCUGCCACUCCCUGGCCCCUCCCACCACCCGCCCCCCUUGGGGCGCAGGGUAUGGUGUGAAAGGGCCGAGUGCUGGGCAAGUAGCAUGGGUGCUGGGCCCUAAGGCCUGGGCGGCGGGGGUGGGUGGCCUGUGGGUGUGCCGGGGGGGCCAGCGUGCCUGCCCCAGUCUCUUGGCGUGCUGGAGGGCAUCCUGGAUGGAAUUGAAGUGAAUGGAACAGAAGCCAAGCAAGGUGGAGUGUGGGUCAGACCCAGAGGAGAACAGUGCCAGGUCACCAGAUGGAAAGCGAAAAAGAAAGAACGGCCAAUGUUCCCUGAAAACCAGCAUGUCAGGGUACAUCCCUAGUUACCUGGACAAAGACGAGCAGUGUGUCGUGUGUGGCGACAAGGCAACCGGGUAUCACUACCGCUGCAUCACUUGUGAGGGCUGCAAGGGCUUCUUUCGCCGCACAAUCCAGAAGAACCUCCAUCCCACCUAUUCCUGCAAGUAUGACAGCUGCUGUGUCAUCGACAAAAUCACCCGCAAUCAGUGCCAGCUGUGCCGCUUCAAGAAGUGCAUCAGCGUGGGCAUGGCCAUGGACCUGGUUCUAGAUGACUCGAAGCGCGUGGCCAAGCGCAAGCUGAUCGAGCAGAACCGGGAACGGCGGCGGAAGGAGGAGAUGAUCCGGUCCCUGCAGCAGCGGCCGGAGCCCACUCCUGAGGAGUGGGACCUGAUCCAUGUGGCCACGGAGGCCCAUCGCAGCACCAAUGCCCAGGGCAGCCAUUGGAAGCAGAGGCGGAAAUUCCUGCCGGAUGACAUUGGCCAGUCACCCAUCGUCUCCAUGCCGGAUGGAGACAAGGUGGACCUCGAGGCCUUCAGCGAGUUUACCAAGAUCAUCACCCCGGCCAUCACCCGCGUGGUGGACUUUGCCAAAAAACUGCCCAUGUUCUCCGAGCUGCCUUGUGAAGACCAGAUCAUCCUCCUGAAGGGGUGCUGCAUGGAGAUCAUGUCUCUGCGGGCGGCCGUGCGCUAUGACCCCGAGAGCGACACCCUGACACUAAGUGGGGAGAUGGCCGUCAAGCGGGAGCAGCUCAAGAACGGCGGCCUGGGUGUGGUCUCUGAUGCCAUCUUUGAACUGGGCAAGUCACUCUCUGCCUUUAACCUGGAUGACACGGAAGUGGCUCUGCUGCAGGCUGUGCUGCUAAUGUCAACAGACCGCUCGGGCCUGCUGUGUGUGGACAAGAUCGAGAAGAGUCAGGAGGCAUACCUGCUGGCGUUCGAGCACUACGUCAACCACCGCAAACACAACAUUCCGCACUUCUGGCCCAAGCUGCUGAUGAAGGUGACUGACCUCCGCAUGAUCGGGGCCUGCCACGCCAGCCGCUUCCUCCACAUGAAAGUCGAGUGCCCCACCGAACUCUUCCCCCCUCUCUUCCUGGAGGUCUUUGAGGAUCAGGAAGUCUAAAGCCUCAGGCGGCCAGAGGGUGUGCGGAGCUGGUGGGGAGGAGCCUGGAGAGGAGGGGCCGAGCUGGGGCUGAGGGGGACCCCACCUCCUCUCUCCCCCCUCUCAUCCUUGGAUAGAUGCAGCUCCCACACACCCCUGCACUGCCCAGGUCCACCCAGAACCUCCCGCCCUGGGACGGGGCACACAGAUGAACUUGCUAUGAGAGGCUAGUGUGGGAGGCUGGGACCCACGUCCUGUAGUUCCAGGGACCCUGUCCUCUGAGAAGUGGGGGAAGGUACGGAGACCAUAGGAGAGGAGCCAUGUGGCUGGGGACUGUGCUGUCACUGCCCCUGCACACGAGGGAGAGAGUCCGCCGGCUCCUUGGCCGAGGCUUCCCCUCCAGGCUCAGGGCCUCUGUCUCCCCACCGCCUGGGCCUGGGCGUAAAGGAUGGCUUGGGCUGGGCUUUGCUCCUCCACUGGAGGUUAAAGAUGAUAGUCAUCCUACCUGCACUUUGGAAACCAAGCGAGGGGAGAAGAUAAAUGAAGAAAAACUAGACAGAGAGAAAAAGACAAAAAAGAGAGCGAGCGAUAGAGAGAGAUGAUAUUAAGUUAUUAACCGAGGCUGGCCAGAGGGGAAGCACCUUCCUGCCCCAUGCACUUUGAGAGCUGCCCUCCCCCCCCCAUCAAGAGAGAGGCCCUGACCCCCCCCCCCGGGGUAUGGCUGCCCUCGGAGCUGUGAGUCAGCACGACAGGCCUGGCCGCCCACUUCCUUGCCCCCACCCCCAGCACUUCCUCUGCCCUCUGCCACUCGUGCCCGCUGAGUUCCAUCUACCUCUCACGCUGGAUGCCAGCUGGCGCCUCACCAGCCUGCCCUGCCACCCGCACAGCUCUCCCUUUCAAGUGCUCAGCCCCAGGGGCCCCUCCCUGGCCCCCUUGCCCCCCACUUGGCACCCCCACAGAAUGAACGGUGGCCCGGUCCCUUCCCACCUCAUAGCCUGCAGUAUUAGCUACAAUCCAGUUGCUGCUGGGGGUUAUGUGAGCGGCUCCUGGCGCCUCCACCCUGUGGGACUCCCGCUGUGUUCCCCCUUUCCUGGGCUCCCUCUGACCCCUGUCCUCUUCCCCGACCCCCUCCAUACACUAACCCAGCCUGGGGUGGGCACACGGAAGAGGGGUGUUUGCAGCCCUGCACUAGCCCGGGGAGGGGGCAGUGGGUGCUCCUCCUGUUUUCUUUGAAGCUCUAGGCCUGCUGCCCUCUGUCCCCCGGAACCCCUUCCCCCUCUUUUGUCUAAUUCAGGGACUUUGGCUUGAGCCCCCGACCUCCUGGUGAGGAGCACUCUGUUGGUCUGCACUUGGGGGAGCUGCCCCCUCUUCUCCUCCCCCUGGCCAAAGCCCACUCCUCUGGGGAGGCCGGGAGGGAGGAGGCAGGCAGGGGGACAGAGCAGACCAGAGGGCCCUGGGCUCAGGGCUGCACGUCGGCAGGGAUGGAUGGGUGGACGCAGAUGCCCCCGGAAGCCAUGGGGAAUGGGGUGGGGGGUGGGGUGUCAGGGCUUCCCGAGCUUUGCACUAUUGGGGCACAAAUGUCUUAAGCAGUGGGGAACCUGCCACUCCACUCUGACCCUCAGCCUGCCACAGCCCCUGCACGCACGCACGCACACACACACACACACACGCACACGCACACAGAAGGCAAUGCCACGCCACCAGCCCGGGCAGGGUCCUUCCCCUCCAUCAGGUGUCCGGCCCGGCCAGGGCCCGGGGAGCAUCGUGUCAGCCGUGCAUGUGCCUGCCCCGCCCUCCGGGCCCAGCGCUUUGCCAUCUUAUUUCUCCUCUCUCUCUCCUGGGGCACUGAUCCCGUACCCUCCAGUCCCUCGGGAAGCCCGGCCCCGCUCCGUGCCGAGGGGCCUAGUGCAGUUCCUGACCUGUCCGCUUUCCCCCUUCCUCUGCCAUAGACAUGCUGGCCCCCGCCCCACCCGUUCCCCCUUCAUUGUCACGGGAUGUAUGUAUGCGUUUCUCUGCGUGAAUGUGCGCGUGAGUACACGGAUGGGGAGAGCCAGGACUCAGGAGUGCCACGCACCUGCUCUAGCGAGGCAGCUGUCCCAGUCCCUGCUUCGGAGUGAGGGACAGGGCCCUCUCCUGGGGGCCAUCGGUGCUAAGGAGGGGGGUGGCCUUGCCAUGGGUGCUUCGCACACCUCCUCCAGUGUUGGCCCGGGGCACUAGGGCAGGCAGGCAGGGUGGGGCAGCAGGUGCAGUAUCUGGGGGGUGGGGGGACUGACUGGUUGCCAGGAGUAGGCUGAGGGCCCAGGCAGGACAAGGGGGUGCCAGAGCCAUGACCACUACCUGCCCCGCCACCCCUCUGCAUCUCAGUACAGCCCUCCCAUCACUUGCAAUACACAUACCUCAUCCAGCCUCCUCCUGCUGGGACCUGGGCAGGGCACGGCGGGGGAGCCCCCCUUCCUGGGCGGUGCGGGUCUGCAGGGCUGGGAGAGGGCAGGGCGGGUGACAGACACCGGCCAGCCACAAGGGGGACAGUGCUUCCUGCCCUGGGACCUCCAGGGUGGGGGUGGGGACACUGCCCAGAGGCUACUGAAUGUAUGAGAAGCUGGUGCUGGGGUGGGGGGAGGGGGUGGUGGCCAGAAACAGGGAAGGAGGCCAGGCCCACCCCGGGAGGGGGCACUGUUGGGGGUGACUUGAGGGGCUCCUACUCCUGCCCCACGCUGACAAUCAGUAUGUCUGUUAUGUGCGAUUUUUCACCCCGUUUGUUUUGGGUCAGGAUUUUAAAGAAAGAUAUUUUUAUGGUAAUUGUUGCUCGUCUAUUUUACUAUAUAUUUAUGUAAUAAAUAUAUGAUGAAAAUAA